AUGGACGACGAGAUGGAGUCCGCCUUCAUCAAUUCUAAUAUGGAUUUCCUCGACCCGACACAACUCGACAUGCCUUCGGGCUCUGCUGGAGGUGAUUUUGACGACUUAUUUGCCCGAUCCACCAACUCCCGCCCGAACGGAGCCGUGGAGCCCUCGAAGCACUACCAAGACCAACAUCCCCUGAGACAACCCCCGGUCAUGGCUGCAGAUUCCCCCGCCGAGUCACCUGAUGCGUCCAGUCGCAGUUCGUCCUCAGAGUCCCCGAGAAACCACCUACGACAAGCCUCAAUCGCUUCGACAAACUCCGCAGCGCAUAGCGAAAAUCCGCUGACAUCCACAGGCUACUCAGCGGAGGACUGGAUGCGUCCGGAGCUGUCCUGCGGUCAAGGAGGAGUCUCCGUUUAA